AUGUAUAAAUCUCUCUAUUCAAAAGGCGAUUUGCGCGCCCAUGAAACAGAAGAAAACAAGGAAGAGAAAAAAGAAAAUCAGCCAGUUCCAGAAAGUUCCAGCAGCAAAUCGUUAUUGACAUACAUUUUUAUUGGUGUCGUUGCUGAGGCUAGAAUCGCACAUGGUUUUUUCACCUCCAUCACUGGCCCCACUCUUCCCAGUCUAGCGUUCAACUGCGACGUUUCUGUUGGUGAUGUCUCGUCUGUUUUUGCGUGGAGAGGGCUUGGAAAUGUAGUCGGAGCGAUUGCCGCUGGAAUAAUUUUACCAAGGCUUUCAUCAGGAAAGGUCAAAUUGCUGACUAUUGGUGGCACGCUACUCGUCAACGGGCUCUUUAUCGCCGUCAUUCCGCUCUUGACAGAACUUUGGUUGCUCGGAACUGUCGCCUUUGCUACUACUUUAACGAGCUCCUAUUUCACAACUGGCUUGGAAUCGCUUGUGUUGAAUAUUUUCGGCGCUGAAGGAUCCGCUUGGGUCGUCGCGAUCUACCACGCGUUCUUUACUAUUGGAGGCUUUUUGGCACCCCUGCUUGUUCAAGUUUUUAAGUCAAGUGAUCCUCUCAAGGAAUGUGUCACCAACGCCGACAAUUUCACCGGCUACGACAAAAACUACACGUCAGGAAAUCACUUCGACCUCAUCGACGAGGAUAUUCUCCCACCAUAUUUGAUCGUUGGCGUGAUUGUUCUCGCAAGUGGAAUAUUCACCUGUGUUUGUGCUGUUUGGAAGCUCAUUGAAAAACUGACAACUGCGAAACAUGAUGAGGUUGAUAUGCGCGGCGAAGAUCCUUGGAGAAAACUCCUGGUGUUUUUCAUGUUCACGAUGUUUAUUCAUGCUUGUAGCGCGAACACCGAUACGAUCUUCCAGUCGUACAUCUACUACUACGCACUAUGCUCGAAAGCCUUCGACUGGGAUCCCGUAAAAGCCAAUUACCUUAACAUGAUCUUCUGGGCUGCCUUGACUGCCGGGAGAUUCAUCGGAACCUACACCACUCGAAAGAUUAGACCGACCUUUUUGCUCUUGAUCUACUUCAUUGGUUCAACAAUCGGAAUCAGUUUGAUCCUCGGAGUCGAUGGCAAUAUCGGUGGAUCUUCAAACGACGCAAUUUUAUACACAGCUACUGUCCUGUUCGGAGUCUUCUGUGCUCUUUUCUACGGUAGCUCGACGAGUCUCUGCAACAGCUUCACGAAUCUUGGCCUCACCUACGUCUUUAUCAACAAUCUCGGCGCCUCGGUCGGCACUAUGAUUGCUCCAACAAUCACUGGAAAGCACAUCGAAGACUCGCCAAUUUCAUUCGCUUGGGCAUGUUUGGUGUUCUGCUUGGGCGUUCUUUUCUUCGAACUGUUUGUUCAUCUUGAAGGAUUCAGAAUAAUGGAUCGUAUUUCCUACUCCACUUCUCUCAAGGCAUUCUUACACUGUUCGUUUCCAGUAGAAGGCUUUGGAGAAACAGCGCAGAUAAGACCAGAAUCUACUGAAUCUGUGAUAAAAAAAGACAGCAGUUUGUUUUAA